AUGUCCCAGACCAAAGCGCUGAAGGUCCGCGCCACCCUCUUCUGCAUCCUGGUGGGCAUCGUGCUGGCCAUGGUGGCCGUGGUGACCGACCACUGGGCCGUGCUGAGCCCCGAGGUGAAACACCACAAUGCCACCUGCGAGGCGGCCCACUUCGGCCUCUGGCGGAUUUGCACCAAGCGUAUCGUCAUGACUGACAGCACCGACAAGACCUGCGGACCCAUCACCCUGCCUGGGGAGAAAAACUGUUCCUACUUCAGGCAUUUUAGCCCAGGCAAGACCUCGGAGAUCUUCGAAGUCACUACUCAGAAAGAGUACAGCAUCUCGGCCGCCGCCAUCGCCGUCUUCAGCCUGGGCUUCAUCAUCAUGGGGACCACGUGCGCGCUGCUGUCCUUCCGGAAGAAGCGGGAUUACCUGCUGAGGCCCGCGUCCAUGUUCUACGCCUUCGCAGGCCUGUGCAUCUUCGUGUCGGUGGAGGUGACACGGCAGUCGGUGAAGCGCAUGAUCGACAGCGAGCACACCGUGUGGAUCGAGUACUACUACUCCUGGUCCUUCGCCUGCGCCUGCUCCGCCUUCGUCCUCCUCUUCCUCUGCGGCCUGGCCCUCCUGCUCCUCUCCUUGCCUCGAAUGCCCCAGAACCCCUGGGAGUCGUGCAUGGACGCCGAGCCUGAGCACUAGCCCUCCCGGAGCCCCAGCCCCGCCUUGAUGCUUUCCCCUCGGGAAGCCAGAGCCUGGCCCAGAACGUUCUAGAGAGGAGGCGGGAGCUUUCCCUGUCCCCGGUCCCACCCACCCCACGACGUCCACUGCUACUUCUGUCUCUGAGCCCUUCUCUGGGCUGUGACAGGCUCCCCUGGGAAUCCAGAAAGUGGACAUGAUCCACACCUGCCCAGGGUGGGAGGGAGACCGCGGGGCUGGCAGGUGCACAGGUGUCUGGUGAGGACCCACCUUCCCCUGGAGCUGCCCGUGGGCCUCGCUGAGCCAGCUGU